AUGGCAACCAUUACCGACUCACAGGCCUUCUACCUGAGAGGUUGUUCUCAAGCCAGGGGACAGCACGAAGGCCAUCGUCGUCGUCAAAGUUCGAGGUUCAAAACUCCUCGGCAAGCCACCGGUUUCGCACCAAGUGGAAAACCUACCGACAACAAGUUGUGGUUCACCAAUGGCGCUGCUGGAUUCGAGGCCGAAUACUUGCUCUUUUACUCUUGCGCAACUCGAGAAUCGAGUCUUUUUCCAACGCCAAACUUCGAAGACAAUUCAGAGCCAAAUCUACUGCAAAGAUGGGUUCUGGACAGACGCAGUUCGUUCGCACCUGGCAGUGCUGCCGGUGCGGAAUGUCAGGAUUCCUUUACGAAGUUGACGUGCAAUGCACCGAGAUCAGCUGCCAACAUCCCCGCUGCAGCAACUGCCUCGUCUCUCGGGAUUCCGUGGGACCAACCCGACCCACGAAAUGAUGUGCCUGCGGUGUCUUUACACCUGGCGGUUGCUCCUUAG